CCCAUGUUAUUCCUUUGAGGGCUCUCUGAGAGUAGUAAUUCAACAAUUUUGAUGCAUUAUUUGCUUAGAAUUACAGUCUACUAAUUUUUUGGAUUAUUAAAUUCCCGUCUUCUUCCUGACAGAGGAGGGGAAUUUACCUCCGAAUUCGACCGACUAGAGUUAUUUCCUGAGGCGACGAUGUACAUCAAACAGGUCAUCAUCCAAGGGUUCCGAAGUUACAGGGACCAAACGGUGGUAGACCCCUUCAGUCCUAAACACAAUGUCAUUGUUGGAAGAAACGGCUCUGGAAAAAGUAACUUUUUCUACGCCAUCCAGUUUGUGCUCAGUGAUGAGUUCAGCCACCUCCGCCCUGAGCAGCGCCUGGCCUUACUCCAUGAAGGGACUGGUCCUCGUGUCAUUUCAGCUUUUGUGGAGAUUAUAUUUGACAACUCUGACAAUCGGCUACCGAUUGACAAGGAGGAGGUGUCCCUUAGGCGUGUCAUCGGUGCCAAGAAAGACCAGUACUUUUUGGACAAGAAGAUGGUGACAAAGAACGACGUCAUGAACCUCUUGGAGAGUGCGGGAUUCUCCCGCAGUAAUCCUUACUACAUCGUCAAACAGGGAAAGAUCAAUCAAAUGGCCACAGCUCCUGAUUCCCAGCGUCUGAAACUGCUGAGAGAAGUUGCAGGGACCAGGGUGUAUGAUGAGCGCAAAGAAGAGAGUAUCUCUCUUAUGAAGGAGACUGAGGGGAAGAGAGAAAAGAUCAACGAGCUACUGAAAUACAUCGAGGAGCGCCUCCACACUCUAGAAGAUGAGAAGGAGGAGCUGGCUCAGUACCAGAAGUGGGACAAAAUGAGGAGAGCCCUGGAGUACACCAUCUACAACCAGGAGCUCAAUGAGACCCGCGCCAAACUGGAUGAGUUGUCAACCAAGAGGGAGACCUGUGGAGACAAAUCUAGACAGCUACGUGAUGCUCAGCAGGAUGCCAGGGACAAAGUAGAGGAGACAGAACGUGUGGUCCGUGAGCUGAAGUCCAAGAUCUCGGCGAUGAAGGAGGAGCGGGAGCAGCUGUCUGCGGAGCGCCAGGAGCAGAUCAAACAGAGGACCAAGCUGGAGCUGAAAGCCAAAGACCUGCAGGAUGAGCUGGCAGGCAACAGUGAACAGAGGAAACGUCUGCUGAAAGAGCGCCAGAAACUACUGGAGAAGAUCGAGGAGAAGCAGAAAGAACUGCAGGAGACGGAGCCCAAGUUCAACAUGGUGAAGGAGAAGGAGGAGCGUGGUAUUGCCAGACUGGCUCAAGCCACACAGGAGAGAACGGACCUGUAUGCCAAGCAGGGCCGUGGCAGUCAGUUCACCUCUAAGGAGGAGAGGGACAAGUGGAUCAAGAAAGAGCUCAAGUCCCUGGAUCAGGCCAUCAAUGAUAAGAAGAGGCAGAUAGCUGCUAUCCACAAAGAUCUGGAAGACACCGAGACAAACAAGGAAAAAAACCUGGAGCAGUAUAAUAAACUUGAUCAAGAUCUCAAUGAGGUCAAGACCCGUGUUGAGGAGCUGGACAAAAAGUAUUAUGAAGUGAAAAACAAGAAAGAUGAGCUGCAGAGUGAGAGAAACUACCUGUGGCGUGAGGAGAAUGCAGAGCAACAGGCCCUGGCAGCCAAAAGAGAGGAUCUGGAGAAGAAACAGCAACUCCUCAGAGCUGCCACCGGCAAGGCCAUUCUGAACGGCAUAGACAGCAUCAACAAGGUGUUGGAGCACUUCCGCCGAAAGGGCAUUAACCAGCAUGUAAUCAAUGGCUACCAUGGCAUUGUCAUGAACAACUUUGAGUGUGAGCCUGCCUUCUACACUUGUGUGGAAGUGACUGCGGGCACCAGGUUGUUCUAUCACAUUGUAGAGACAGAUGAGGUAAGCACCAAAAUUCUGAUGGAGUUUAACAAGAUGAACCUGCCUGGAGAGGUGACCUUCCUGCCCCUGAGUAAACUGGAUGUCAGGGACACUGCAUACCCAGAGACCAAUGACGCCAUCCCUAUGAUCAGUAAGCUACGCUACAGUCAAAACUUUGACAAGGCAUUCAAGCAUGUGUUUGGAAAGACCCUGAUUUGUCGCAGCAUGGAGGUCUCCACCCAGCUGGCAAGGGCCUUCACCAUGGACUGCAUAACCCUGGAGGGUGACCAGGUAAGCCAUCGUGGAGCUCUAACAGGAGGCUACUAUGACACAAGGAAGUCUCGUUUGGAGUUGCAGAAGGAUAUGAGGAAGGCUGAGGAGGAGCUGGGUGAGCUGGAGGCAAAGCUCAACGAAAAUCUGCGCAGGAACAUUGAACGUAUCAACAACGAGAUCGACCAGCUGAUGAACCAAAUGCAGCAGAUUGAGACCCAGCAGAGAAAGUUCAAGGCGUCCCGAGACAGCAUCUUGUCAGAGAUGAAGAUGCUGAAGGAGAAGAGGCAGCAGUCUGAGAAGACGUUCAUGCCUAAGCAACGCAGUCUUCAGAGUCUCGAGGCCAGUCUCCAUGCGAUGGAGUCCACCAGAGAAUCACUCAAAGCUGAGCUUGGCACUGACCUGCUGUCUCAGCUCAGCCUGGAAGACCAGAGGCGGGUGGAUGACCUCAACGAUGAAAUCCGCCAGCUCCAGCAGGAUAAUAGACAACUUCUAAAUGAGAGGAUCAAGUUGGAGGGCAUCAUGACCAGGGUUGAGACCUAUCUCAAUGAAAAUUUAAGGAAACGCCUGGACCAAGUUGAACAGGAGCUUAAUGAGCUAAGGGAGACAGAGGGCGGCACAGUACUCACAGCCACCACCUCUGAGCUCGACGGAAUUAACAAACGUGUGAAAGACACCCUGGCACGGUCAGAAGAUCUGGAUGGUCUGAUUGACAAAACUGAAGCAGAGAUUAAGGACCACCUGAAGAGCAUGGAGCGAUGGAAGAACAUUGAAAAGGAGCAGAAUGACGCCAUAAACCACGACACCAAGGAGCUGGAGAAGAUGACCAACCGACAGGGCAUGCUGCUCAAGAAGAAGGAGGAGUGCAUGAAGAAGAUCCGAGAGUUGGGCUCAUUGCCGCAGGAAGCUUUUGAGAAAUAUCAAACUCUCACGCUCAAACAGUUAUUCCGUAAGCUGGAGCAGUGCAACACGGAGCUAAAGAAAUACAGCCAUGUCAACAAGAAGGCCCUGGAUCAGUUUGUCAACUUUUCUGAGCAGAAGGAGAAGCUGAUCAAGCGUCAAGAUGAGCUGGACCGAGGCUACAAGUCCAUCAUGGAGCUGAUGAAUGUCUUGGAGCUACGCAAAUACGAAGCUAUCCAGCUCACCUUCAAACAGGUGUCGAAGAACUUCAGUGAGGUGUUUCAGAAGCUUGUGCCAGGAGGUAAGGCCACAUUGGUGAUGAAGAAAGGGGACACAGAGGGCGGCCAGUCCCAGGAUGAGAGCGAGGGAGGAGCAGAAAGCGAGCGGGGCUCUGGCUCCCAGAGUAGUGUCCCUUCAGUGGACCAGUUCACCGGUGUCGGCAUCAGGGUGUCCUUCACUGGGAAGCAGGGGGAGAUGAGGGAGAUGCAGCAGUUAUCAGGUGGUCAGAAGUCCCUGGUGGCCCUGGCUCUCAUCUUUGCCAUCCAGAAAUGCGACCCUGCCCCCUUCUACCUGUUUGAUGAGAUUGACCAGGCCCUGGAUGCCCAGCACAGGAAGGCUGUCUCAGAUAUGAUUGUGGAACUGGCAGGCCAUGCCCAGUUCAUCACCACGACCUUCAGGCCUGAGCUGCUCGAAUCAGCUGACAAGUUCUAUGGUGUUAAAUUCAGAAACAAGGUGAGUCACAUCGACGUGAUCUCAGCAGAACAGGCGAAAGACUUUGUUGAAGAUGACACCACCCAUGGCUAAGAGUGCUAAGCUCGUCAUCCUCACCCUCUUCCUCCCUCACAGUUUCCACCUAUGUUAAUAAGGUGCACUGCUUAAUUCUGAGCUGUCCACACUGAGCCAAGGAAGACUGUUUCAGUUCAGUUCCCUUCUUACAUGGACACAGGCCACUUGGCAAUAAUUAGUUUGACAGUUAUUUUGUUCUUUAAAAAUGAUCCUGUUUGAAUUCUACAAGUUAGUGGAAAUUUUUUUGUCUUCUAAAUGUUUAGUUCCAUAUUUCCCUGUGGAGCCAUAAAACUGGAUAUGAAAAUCAUUAACAAGAACUUCCACAUUGAAACCAUGCCCUCAUCCCAACAGAAAAUGUCUGGUUCUUCUUUUGUAUUUUUUCUUUUUAAUUUUAUAAAAAAGAAAUAAAAGUACAAAAAGUAUGGACUGAGUCUUGUCAUUUUAGAAGAAAAACACCUCAGAAUUCCUGAGUCAUUAAAGAAAUUGAAAUUUUUUGGCGCCUUUUCAGAACGCACAUUGUCAUGUUUGCUCUAUCAUCUGCUGUUAAUGUGCUGACGCUGUCUUUCUAUUGACAUUUCCAGUGUUUGUAUAUGAAUUUGACUCAACAGUUGUGACAGCUGCUGAGGUGGAGUUGGUUUCCUACCUGUAGAGUGGUGUCAUUUUUAAAGACGCCAUCUUUAAAAUGGCUGUUAAAAAAAAACAUCAAAGUGAGGCAUCACUUUCUUUUUGAAAGUUACACCCUUUUUUUUACAUCCUAUUAUCUUCAACUAAUUAAUGUCUGAUAUGUGGUUAAAAUGUACAAAUGUUUGGUUCGUUGGUUUGUUUUUGCUGUGUCAGGUCAUUUCCUUUCAGUGUAUGAGAGUUUCAUUCCAGAGAGGUAGGGGUGGGGGGUGGGGGGUAUAACGCCCUGAAACAGUUGAGAAAUGUACAUGAUUAACAGUCAAAUUUUAUUUUGAAAGCUUAAAACUCCUUACUUCAGUGACAGUUGUAUAGCUGUGGUUUGUUUAUUGUGAUUAUCUUUAACCUGUUUAAAAUAAAAACCGUUUUAUUCUGACCUCUCGUAGUUUUAACUUUUUUUAAACUGUUUUUGGCUCCUUGUAAGGAAAUGAGUAAGUAAAUAAAAGCAAAAUAAA